AUGACAUUAGUAGCUCAUCGACAUCCUAUCCAGCUUCUCUCUGAAGUGUCAGUGUCGAGUUGUAUGCGCACAAGUGGUCGAAAUUUAGUGCGUAAAAUAUCAAUGAUGUCUAGCCAUACCAUUGCUGCAACUACCAGCACCAUGUUCAAAUACCAGCCUCCUGUCAACCGGGACAUGCACGAACUUGAUAGAUCGUUUUUCGUCACCAAGGUUCCUAUGGUCGUGGUUCACUUCCCCGAUCCCAAGAAUAUCAGCCUUUUCACAUCCAAAUUCAAGCAAGAGGUUCUAAACAUCCCCCGUAUCUCGAGGGUAGUUCGACUUGAGACGUCCGACGCUCAAAAUCCAGAACCACCGCUGAAAAAGUCCAACCCAGCAAACGACAACCACAUCAGAAAAGGAGUUUUACUGCGAGAAUCAGUAACGCAGGUGGACCAAGUUCCAUUGCAACUUCCAGCGGAGGCCCAGCAGUUUUUGAAAGACAAUUUGGCGAUCGCACAGCCGUACGAGUGUGUUCUGGAUUAUUCGUUUUGGAAAACUGAGGAGAUCUUCCGUGCUAUUCUGCCUGAACAAUUCUUGGACGAGAUUCCUUCCGGGUUCACAGCCACUGGGCAUAUCGCGCAUAUCAAUCUAAGAAAUGAAUUCAAACCUUACGGGAACCUCAUCGGACAGGUGAUUCUCGACAAAAACAGCAAAAUCGAGACUGUAGUGGACAAAGUAGACUCCAUUGCAACCAAGUUCAGAACUUUUCACAUGCAGGUCUUGGCAGGGAAGAACGAUCUGGUCGUGGAACAACGCGAAUCCAACUGCAAAUUCAAGUUCGAUUUCAGCAAAGUGUACUGGAACUCUAGACUGCACACAGAGCACGACAGAUUGAUCCAAAAGUUCAAGCCGGGACAAUGCGUAGGCGAUGUUUUUGCCGGGGUUGGCCCAUUUGCCGUGCCAGCCGGUAAGAAAAAAGUCAUGGUUUUGGCCAACGAUCUGAACCCGGAGAGCUACAAGUAUAUGUUGGAAAAUAUUGCCGAAAACAAAACGGAUUCGUUUGUGCAACCUUCAAAUCUGGACGGACGCGACUUUAUCAGGGAAAGUCCUCGUUUGCUAGCGGAAUGGCGCCAAAAAACCGAAGCGCGUAUUGUAAUCCCAGGUGGGAGGAGAUACAAGGACUCCAAAACGGGCGAGACCAAGAGAACCGAGCCCCAGUCCGUUCAAAUCCCGCAGUUUUACCACCACUACGUCAUGAACCUGCCUGACAGCGCCCUGACGUUUUUGGACGAGUUCGUGGGCCUGUACUCGAGAUACCCUGAGACCCUUGAGCAAUUGAAGAAAUUGCCUGAUUUCCAAGCGCCUUGGAUCCAUUGUCACUGUUUUGAGAAGUACGAUGCGGAAGAGAGCCCCGAGCCCAGUAUGCAGGAGCUGCAUCGUCGGGUGCACGACAGAAUCAAGACCAUAACGAAGACCAACGAUACUGUUCUUCCGUUUGAAAAUCUACAAUUCCAUCUGGUGCGGAAGGUGGCUCCUACGAAGCCUAUGUUCUGCGUCAGUUUCCAGCUGCCAGACGAGCUGAUUUAA